AUGAAGGAAGCUUUGAACGAAGAUGAGAAAACGAGUGAAGAACCUGAUGCUGCUUUGAGGAAUAGUCAGGGUACUAGUUUUCUGGAUCUAAAAUGGGAUACAAAGCCAAUGAAUGUGGAUAAUUUCUCAAACUCAAGAGUUUCUUUUGCAGCCAAAUUGGUUAGUGAAUAUAACAAGAAGACAUAUGCUAGAAUGGUUGAAUCUACAAGUACUGUGGUUGAUUUAAACAUUAAAGUAAUUCCUAAAGUUGAUGGGAAACCAAUUGGCAAAGUUGAAUUGCCCUAUGCAGAUCUUCUGCUUGGAGGAGCUCCCUAUCAUGCUACUCUGUAUGGAUUUUUGUGGAUAUUUGGAUUGAAGGAUAUUAUGGUCAAUGAUGAAGGCUUCUUCUUUUUUAAGUUUGAUUCUAAAGAAGGUAUGAUGAAUGUGAUUGAAGGGGGACCUUGGCUUAUUAACAAUGUUCCAUUGUUUAUCCAAAGAUGGAGACCUGGACUUGUUUUGUGCAAACCACAGAUCAACUCUGUUCCUGUAUGGGUUAAAGUUUUUAAUGUUCCUUUGCAAUAUUGGAAUAGCAAGGGAGUAACAUUGAUUGCUAAUGAAAUUGGGAAACCGAUGGCUAUGGACAAGAUUACGCAAAAGAUGUGUAAUGAGCACUGGGGAAAGGCCUGCAUUUAUGAGAUUUCUCAUUGA